GCUUACCUACGUAUCUCGAUCGCGGAAUAGAUAGCUAACUUAACUUCGUCGUAGCUUACAGAUGGUGCCAUCUGGUCUGCCUUGGGCACAUCAGUAGGAUUCACACUCUUUAUCGCCAUCGCUUUCUCGUUCGUUCGACCAUAUAAUUCCGUUGUCUAUGCACCGAAGCUGAAACAUGCCGACGAAGAGCAUGCACCACCUCCGAUUGGCAAGGGAUUUCUUGCGUGGCUCCCGCCAUUAUGGAAGACGAGUGAGAAAGAUAUGAUAUCCCAUGCCGGCAUGGACGCCGCCAUAUUUAUAAGAUUCACAACCAUGUGCCGCAAUAUCUUUCUCGUGCUUGGUGUCGUCGGAUGUGGAAUUCUCCUCCCCAUCUUCUACACUCUUAAUAGCGACAAGACAGGCAGCCAGAAAUGGUUCAUGAGAUUGACACCUUCCAAUGUCAGCGAUCAACCUGUCUGGGCAAUUGUGGUAACAAGUUAUAUAUUUAACUUCGUCAUCAUCGGGUUUCUGUGGUGGAACUAUAGGGAAGUUCUGAAGCUCAGACGAGUGUAUUUUGAGACCAAAGAGUACCAGCAAAGUUUAUCCGCCCGGACCCUAAUGUUGAAUGAUAUUCCCCGGAAAUAUGCCAGCGAUGAAGGUAUUGCGAGAAUUAUCGACGAUGUUAUUCCACAUGCUUCAUUUGCUAGGACAGCCGCUGCUCGCAACGUUAGGGACUUGCCCAAUCUGAUCCAGCAGCACGACCAUACCGUUCGAAAGCUCGAAAAAGUGUUGGCCAUAUAUCUCAAAGACCCCCAAAACUUGCCGGCUGCUCGGCCAGUAUGCUAUCCUUCCAAGAAGGACCCAUCAUACAGCACUUAUCCGAAAGGACAGAAGGUUGAUGCUAUUGAAUACCUCACCCAGCGAAUAAGGGAACUUGAAAUAGAAGUGAAAGAGGCCCGAGCCAAUAUUGAUAAACGCAGUAGUUUAUCAUACGGUUUUGCCAGUUACGACGACAUUUCCGAAGCCCACAGUAUCGCAUAUGCCCUGCGCAAGAAGAAGCCUCAAGGUGCUACCGUCGUCUUAGCUCCGAGACCAAACGACAUCAUAUGGGAUAACAUGCCCCUUACCCCGGCGACGCGAAGUUGGAGAAGGAUUAUGAUCAACUUUUGGAUUGCCAUACUGACGAUGAUCUGGAUUGCGCCUAGUGCUAUGAUUGCUAUUUUCUUAGUCAAUCUGAGUAACUUAGGCUUGGUUUGGCCUGCCUUUCAGAAACAGUUAUCCGGCAAUACUGGGUUCUGGUCCAUUGUUCAAGGUGUGGCGUCUCCAGCCAUUUUAUCUCUGGUCUACCUAGUGCUUCCUAUUAUCUUCCGUCGACUUGCAAUUAGAGCUGGUGAUCGCACGAAGACCGGACGCGAGCGCCAUGUCGUUGCUAAGUUAUACGCUUUCUUCGUCUUCAACAACCUAAUCGUCUUCUGUCUUUUUAGCACUAUCUGGAAUUUGGUUUCGUCUGUUGCUAGCGACCCGCAGAAGGCUUGGGAUACGCUAUCAAAUUUUGGCAUAACCCUCUUUAUCUCGUUGUGUGAUAUCUCAUCAUUCUGGGUUACCUGGCUAUUGCAGAGGAACUUGGGUGCUGCCAUCGAUUUAGCCCAGCUGUGGACCUUCAUCUACAGCUUCUUCAUGCGCAAAUUCUCGAGUCCCACGCCGAGGGAGAUGAUCGAAUUAACGGCACCUCCGUCCUUCGAUUAUGCCAGCUACUACAACUACUUUUUGUUCUACUCCACCGUCGCUUUAGGAUUUGGCUGCCUCCAGCCCCUUGUUCUUCCGGCUGCAGCAUUAUACUUCUCUAUCGAUGUAUGGUUGAAGAAGUACCUGUUGCUUUACAUCUUUGUGACGAAGACAGAGUCUGGCGGGAUGUUCUGGCGAGUCCUAUUCAAUCGCUUCGUCUUUGGCACCAUACUUUCCAAUAUGGUGGUCUUCCUAACAGCUUGGGUGCAUGGUGACGGACUCCACACGAUGGCCUUUGCAGCCAUUCCUUUACCGUUUAUUAUGGUAAUCUUCAAACUGUACUGUUCUCGAACAUUCGAUGCCAAGAUCCUUUUCUAUUCGACUCGCAACAUCCAAAAACAUCCUGAAGGGACUCUGCAGAAGGAACCAUUACGCUCAGCUGGACUCGCUCAUCGCUUUGGUCAUCCCGCUCUUUACAAGCCUCUCAUCACACCAAUGGUACACGCAAAGGCUCAGAAUAUUCUAGCUUCCAUAUACAAAGGGCGUCUAACGGAUGGCCGCGAAGCUUACUCUGGAGAUACGAUGUCUACAUCUGGCUAUUCAGAUGCUUACAUCCUGAAUCCAAUGAAUGCUGGUAAACCUGGGAAAAUGGCGGGCAUACCGGGAUUUGAAAUAGUGCCAGAAUCAAGGCUUGACUUCGAGUAUUACAAGACACGUUCCGAAUUUGCAGCCGACCAUGGUGGCGGCGAUAUCUUUGGUCGUUCCAAUGAUGUUAUCCGCCCCGGGACGCCAGGUAGCUUAUGGAAUGGGAGCGAGCCAAUGUCUAGAUCGGGAAGUCCGACGAUUCCAAGCAUUCACAGCCCAGGAUUAAUGAGCAGAGCGUAUUCACCUAGUUCUGACGCAGGGAUGACUUAUCCAAGCGGAUACAACCAACCCUUAGGCAACCCUUACGCCCCUGAACCUACUAUCAGUCGAUCGCGCAGCCCAUUGUAUGCGCAUACAAACGAGAGUGGAUCCAACCUGGUAGGAAAUGCUGCAGCGAUGCCAAUGGCUGCUCCUGCCAGGGCACCAGGUGGUGUAGGAAUGUUAGGCGGCGGCCCGCGGGGUUACGGUGGUCUGCCUCAGGAAGAGGACCUCGGGCCGCCCGAACAGGAUCCUAUGCAAUAUAAUUAUUUCCGAGAAGCAAGGACUUCACGCAGGUAUUAGGGGUAAUUAAUUUCCGAUGAGAACGACUGUACAUAUAACUCGGCGCAAGAAAAAGCGGGUUUGGAUAUAGAGGCUUUCGGCGACUCAGGUGCGGCGUUUCUGGCUGAAGAAAGUUAGCCACGGUGACGUCGACCCACGAUGACUUUUCUAAUAUUAAGUUAUAGGCUAUAAUAGAAAGAGAUGCACGAUAACGACUUGAUCUUUUUGGAUAGAUGGGACUCGGGCCUCAUUUAUAGCGGCUAACUUGGCUUAUAAUAUGCAAGCAGGGAGAGUAGCCGACGUGCCCUAAGGGC